GUUUCACAACAGGUGUCCUGAACCUGUUAUUGUUUCUUCACUUGUUGCAGCUUCCCUUCCCCGCGCUUCUCUCUCUCACUUUCUCUCUCUAUACAUGUGUAUCUUCGUUCUUCGCUAGCUGAGAGCUUAUUUGUACUUCCUCAGUUAAUUCUGCAGCUUGAUGGAUGUUUGUUGUUGAUCGUUAGUUGUAUGCUCUUCAGCUUUUUUGUGGUUUUUCUCUGUCCGAGUGACUUUGCUUUGUCCAUUUUUAAAGGUCAGCUAUUCUGCAAUAGAUAUAUUAUGCUCCAUGUCAAGAAGAUUGACUACAAUUGAAGAAACUUGUCCACUGCUAUCAUGAAUCUUGGUUCACCCGUUCCCCCUAAGGAUCAGAAGGAAAGAGAGAAUCUUGUUAUUGAGGUUGUUAAUGCAGAAAGACAGUUGUGGGUAAACAUCCAUUCCAAAGGUCUGUUGGACACAGAAGUUCAAGACUUAUACCGGAAAGUCCGUUCUUGUUAUGAGAAAAUCAUCCUCAAUAAUCAUGAAGUGGUGAAGCUUCAAGACGUUGAAUUUUCUUUGUGGAAGCUUCACUAUAAGCACAUUGAUGAAUUUCGCAAAAGAAUACAACAAAGUUCUGCUAGUACAGAUAGUAUAAAAUCAGCAACUCCACAAAAUGUUGCUAGUGUACAGAACGGUUUUGAUUCUCAUAUAGAAGGAUUUAAGUCAUUUCUGUCAGAAGCAGCUGAAUUUUACCAGAAUUUGAUCGCAAAACUCAGAAGAUGCUGUGGGCUUCCUGAGGAACCUUUAUUUUAUGAAAAGGGUGGCCUUUCAUCUUCUGUUGAACUGAAAACAUUGCACAAAUGUCAAUAUUCAUGCCAUCGAUUUUUAGUUUGUCUUGGGGAUCUAGCUAGAUACAGGGAACUUUGUAAGAAAUCUGAUUUUCAGAAUCAUAAAUGGUCUGUUGCAGCCACCUAUUACUUUGAAGCAACAAUGAUUUGGCCAGAUAGUGGAAAUCCCCAAAAUCAGUUGGCUUUACUGGCAACAUAUGUUGGCGACGAUUUCAUCGCCUUGUAUCAUUGUGUAAGAAGUCUAGCUGUUAAAGAACCUUUUCCUGAUGCCUGGGAUAACCUUAUUUUACUCUUUGAAAAGAACAUGUCUCAUUGGCAAUCACCUUCUGGCGAGGUCCACUUUAAUUUUUCAAAACCAGCUGAAAGAAUUAUUUUAGAGACUAAGUCACAAUCGAGUAGGGGUUCCUCAAACAACAGUGUUUUGGAAGCCACAGAAGAUGUUUCCUCUGUAAAGAAAGAUCUAUGGCCUCUUUUUGUCAGAAUGAUAAGUUUCUUUUUCAUUGAAUCAAGUUUGAAGGACUUUCCUUGCGCUUUUGCAUUAACUGUGAGAGAGUUGGAAGCGUUGGUGGCACUAGAUGAUACUGAACUAAAAGCCGGAUUGGAGUCCUACCAACAUAUGGAUUCAGCCAGAAAAGGCCCUUAUCGAGCCCUUCAAGUGGUUUCUAUACUCAUCUUCAUCAUCUACAGGCUGACCAAAAGUCCAGAACUAAAGGAGUUGGGAGAGAAAAAUGAUAUGCAGCAGCCUAUGUUGACACAAUUGGCAUUGACUGCUACAUUUAUUUGUAUGGGUCGCCUUCUUGAGAGAUGUAAGAAGGGUAAUUCUCUGGACUUCUGCCCCAUUUUACCUGCUGUGCUUGUGUUUUCGGAAUGGUUGGUUUGCAUGCUUGAUAAUGCAGAAACAUAUUGCACCGAUGAAAAAGUUGGAAGUGCUAUGUCUUACUUUUUUGGUGCUUUUGUCGACCUUCUUAACCGACUUGAUAAUAGUGAGGGUGAAGUCAAGAAUCCAGAUCAUACUGCUGUGUGGGAGGAUUAUGAGUUGAGGGGCUUUGCACCAAUAGCCCAUGCACACGCAUCAUUAGAUUUCAUUUCUCACUGGGAACAUAUGGGCAAUUUUAGCAGUGGAAAUGUAUCCCGUGCUCAACGCAUAUUUUGUGCUGGUAUGAAGAUUGCGGAGAGAUCAAAUGAUUCUCGAAACUGGGUCUGUUUUGAUAAAUUGGGAAGGAAAUUCUACACACCAGAGUCCAUAAAGAUUCUAGACAGGAGAGAAGCAGAAGUAGCAGAGUCCAGUUCUGAUCUUGAAGUAGAAGAGCCCCAUCGGCAUGAAUCAGGAGCCACAAAAGAAUAUGAAGAAGAUGCCCCUUUGGAAAAUCAAAGUCUCCUUUCUGGAAAUGGAAAAUCUGUUGCCAUGGAAGAGGAAGAAGUCAUUCUCUUCAAGCCUAUCACAAGAUAUAACUCUGCACCUAUUUGUUCUUCUAUUACCACUAAUGACCAAAUAUCUAUAGAGUGCAUGAUGGACAAAACAGCAACUUCUGAUGAAUGUUUGCGCCGUGCCACAUCACUAUAUGUAGCACAAAGCCAAUCCCAGCAGGCUGAUCCAUUGAAUAUUCACAACUUCAGAUUCAGCAGGCCAUCCAAGCAGCAGGAGCCUCUUUCGAAGGAUUCAGCAACAUACCCUGCUGGGCCUCCGUCCCUCAGUGCUUGGGUAUUUAAUAGAGAGAGUUUGAAUAUUGAAAGAGAGAAAGGACCGAGGGAUUUUAGUAAACAUGUCCUAGACCCUAUUGAGGAAAUAGCUUCUGCAUCUUUGAGUGGUCUCUCCGUCUGUGGAACUGAAGAUUCACCAUUUGGUGCUGAGCAUGUUUCUGCAACAGCCCAAUUGUCUCCUCUUCCUCCUCCUUAUUCACUUCCGGUGCCUUCUGCCCCGUUAUUACCUGAUGAUGCUACUUGGUUCAGUGGCAAUACGUCCAGUUUUUCCGACUGCAAGAGCUCAGUGGGCAUCAAGGAGACAGAUGGUAUUCUUGGUGCAUCACCAAGUUGCUACACAAAUUGGUCAGCUACGCAUGGACCAUUAAAUUUUGCUCCCCUUGUCCCAGCAGGUCUUGAUUAUAGGUACCCACUACCUGGAUUGAGUUCUUCUGAUUGGCUUCGUCAGUACACGAAUAAUCAAAUUAUUGAGCGAGCUAAUAAUCAUACAUUGCCGGAUCGAUUCUGUGCACCUGGAAAUGUUGGAAACUUCCAUGGUCAACAUGCUUCAGGGCUUGAUCUUUUUAAUCAGUGGGGUACUCCUUUGGCUUCUAGUCAGAUGGUAUUUUUGGAGAACCCACAAUUGUAUCCAAGCUCUCCUCUAAUACAUGGUGCAGAUCAACAAAAUGGGGAGAACUUAUUUCUCGGCUACCAAAGACCGAGCCCUUAUGGAAAUGGUGGUGGCAUGGAUCUAAGAGUUGAACAGCCACAACUUCUGCAUUAUCUCAAAGACAGAGAAUGGCAACUGCAGCAGCAGUCUCGAGGUCCUACUUUUAUGUGGAACUGAUCUGUAUAUCGAGUUCCAGUGCCUUAAAACUGUGCCUUUCUGUGCAUUUUUGCUUUUCAUUUACAGCACCCCAUAGGUUUAUAAACUUGUAUACAUAAAUCAAUAUCUAUGUUAUGCUGCAUCCUGGGAUGGAAGAGUUCAGUUAGGCUAUCUAUUGUAUCUGCUAUCUAAAAAAAGGAUGCAAUUUUGAGAACCAUUUUACAGAGGUCUUGCGUUCUCUAACCCAAUGAAGAGACGUAGGGUACGUUAAUCAUAUUAGGUCAUUAGUAUGUCCAUUCAAUUCAAAUGCGCUAUUCAAAGAAAAUAAUGUACCUGUUUGUAAAAAUUGUUAACAAUUAAUUUGAGUUGUGUAUUUUGAUUGAAUGGACGCAUCAAUGACAUGGUAUGUCCCGUGGCACUCCAAUCCUAUUGUUAGAGGGCCUCCGGAAAUUUGGUAGCCAAAAGUGGGUAAAACAGCAUUGGUACUUCCCCAUCACUAGGGUAAGCCACGCAAAAAGACUAGGCAGUAUAGCGAUGUCACUAUUGCGAUGAUAGACUGUUAUCUCUAAAGGUAGAGGCGCAAUAUCCAAUUAGACAGUGUGUACUAAUGACGGUGUAUUUGGGGCGCUGGGCAGGUACACUUUUAUGUUUGCCACUAAAAGUGAAGUUGGAGAUUUAGGAACGCUUAAUUUCUACGCUAUUGUUUUUGCAACAAUCUUACCAUGACUAACUAUUCAGUUGUUUUAGCAACAGUUUUGGACUAUUGCGACAUAAACAAACUAUGGCAAAUAUUUUAAAUUAUUCGAAAAAAAAAAAAAAAAUCACAGCAAGUACAAUUUCAACAUCCCACAAGCGCACAGGCAAUUACUAUCAAAAUUUCCUGAAUUUUUAAUUUUUUUUUUUUUUUUUUUUUGUUUUCCAUCUUGCCAAUUAACUCCCACAUGCAUACACUUAGAGAGACUCAAUCCUCUACCCUACACAUUAAAAGGGAAAGACCACUAAGCCAAUAGAAUUCGAAUUCUCCAGUAAAAAAUGUUAUAUGAUACCAGCCUUCCAUUACAUAACGAUGACAAUUAUGCAAAAAUAUAAUCAGAAAGCUAUGUUCUAAUAUUCAUUAAAAAAAAAAAAAAAACAAA